UAGCUUUACGGCGAUAAGAUUAUCGUAUCGGUUCGAUAAUUACAUUGGCGAUUGCUCGUUCGCGAGGAAUCUUUCGUCAGUGGUAAAUUAGUCGGCGACUAAAGGCGAAAAUGUUAUUAUUCUUCCGGUUGGUUUUCGUGAUAUGCACCGUGUAUUCGAUUACGAUUCCCGAAGAUAAAUCUGGGACCAAAAAGAAACUGUCCACGCCCGGAAUUAAGACGAUUCAAUGGCAGGAACAGGAGCAGCAGGUCCCGCAGGCUGGGAAGCACGAUUUGUUUCAGAUAAUUGAAGCGGAGCACACGCACCAACAGGAAGUGGAGCAGUUCGAGCAGGAGUUUGCGUCGAGUAAUGUGGCGCAACAGAGCGUGCACCCGAAACAACCCGAGGCGUACUCAAAGUGUCCCAAGUUGUUGACGGGGCCCGUGCCAUUUGCGUCCUCUUGCAGCCAGUUUUUAAACUGCUACAAGGGGCGGGGGUUCGUGCAGAACUGCGCUCCUGGCACCCUUUUCAACGCGUACACGCUCGAAUGCGAUUACGCGUCGAAAGUCGAAUGCCUUUACGAACCGGAAGACGAUUACACCCAGCAAACCCUUACGAAGCUCAAGCUGAAAACGGGCUGCCCCGCUGGAUUCUCCGGCAUUGUACCCCAUCACUACGACUGCGCCAAGUUUAUCAACUGCGACAAUGGUAAAGAGAUUGUGAUGAAUUGCGGCCCAGGUACGCUGUUCAACUUGAAGAUCAACAGUUGCGACUUCCCCUACAACGCGGAGUGCGCCAGCUGGAGCAGCCAGUUCGAACCAAACCAGGAGACACACGAGGAACUCCAUUCCGAUUACCAAAGGCCCCCGCCCGUCUACACUCAUUACGAACACAAACCCAAAUGUCCAAAGGACGUGGUCGGGCUCCACCCCCACCCCACCGAUUGCUCGAAAUUUUUGAAUUGCGCCAAUGGGCAAACGUUCAUUCAGGAUUGCGGACCGGGUACGGUCUUCAACCCAAAUCUAAAGGUCUGCGACUUCCCCUAUAACGUCGACUGCGAAACGCAUGAGGAAUACCGCCCUGACAUUGACGUUAGAAACGAACAGAAGGGCGCCGAGAGUACACGAGAGGAAACUCUGAUCUGCCCCCCUAACGCGUACGGCCUGUACCCAUAUCCUCACGUGUGCUUUAAGUUUAUCAGUUGCGUUGACGGGGAGACGACCAUUCUCGCGUGUCCCAAGGGCCUGGUUUUCAAUAUAGCGACGAGAGAGUGCGACUACACCUACAACGUGGACUGUUCCAGAAAAGGAAUGACGAAUGUUUGGGCCAUCGGCCAGCAACAGAAAUGGAAUCAGCAAGGCAACGCCCAAGGAACUACUGAUCAAGGGUAUAAUCAAUGGAAUCAAGGUGGUUUUAACCAAAAUACUGAUCAGUGGAAUUACGGAAAACCAGGGGGUCAACAACAGACUGCGGGUCAAGGUGGUUAUAAUCAAAUUGGAGACAAUUCUCAACAAAGCACAGAUCAAGUGUUUAAUCAAUGGAACCAGAAACCUACAGGUCACGGACAAACCACUGAUCAAGGAUACAAUCAGUGGAAUCAGAAACCUACAACUAACGGAAAACCAGGGGGUCAACAACAGGCUACGGGUCAAGGGGGUUAUAAUCAAAUUGAAGAAAAUUCCCAACAAAGUACAAAUCAAGGGUUUAAUCAAUGGAACCAAAAACCUACAGGUCACGGACAAACCACUGAUCAAGGAUACAACCAGUGGAAUCAGAAACCUACAACUAACGCAAAACCAGGGGGUCAACAACAGGCUACGGGUCAAGGGGGUUAUAAUCAAAUUGAAGAAAAUUCCCAACAAAGUACAAAUCAAGGGUUUAAUCAAUGGAACCAAAAACCUACAGGUCACGGGCAAACCACUGAUCAUGGAUACAACCAGUGGAAUCAGAAACCUACAACUAACGCAAAACCAGGGGGUCAACAACAGGCUACGGGUCAAGGGGGUUAUAAUCAAAUUGAAGAAAAUUCCCAACAAAGUACAAAUCAAGGGUUUAAUCAAUGGAACCAAAAACCUACAGGUCACGGGCAAACCACUGAUCAUGGAUACAACCAGUGGAAUCAGAAACCGACAACUAACGGAAAACCAGGGGCUCAACAACAAACUACGGGUCAAGGUGGUUACAAUUACAAUCAAAAUGUGGACAAGACCCAACAAAGCACAGAUGAAGGGUUUAAUCAAUGGAACCAAAAACCUACAGGUCACGGACAAACCACUGAUCAAGGAUACAACCAGUGGAAUCAGAAACCUACAGCUAACGGAAAACCAGGGGGUCAACAACAGACUACGGGUCAAGGUGGUUACAAUCAAAAUGUGGACAAGACUCAAGAAAGCACAGAUCAAGGGUUCAAUCGAUGGAACCAAAAACCUACAGGUCACGGACAAACCACUGAUCAAGGAUACAACCAGUGGAAUCAGAAGCCUACAACUAACGGAAAACCAGGGGGUCAACAACAGACUACGGGUCAAGGUGGUUAUAACCAAUUUGGAGGCAAUUCCCAACAAAGUACAAAUCAAGGGUUCAAUCAAUGGAACCAACAAAAUACCGGCCAGAGUCAGAGACCAAAUUCCGGACAGGUCAAAGGCCAAAAAAACCAAAAGCUGAAGCAAGACAAUCAGAACGAAAUCGACGGUUCAAAACCGCAACCCCCGAAGCCUUUCGUCAAUUUCAAAUUUAAGGACACCUGCUCGAUCUUGGACUUCUACUGUACGCCGACCCAGUGCAUACCGAAGGGCAUGCAUUGCGACGGCGUCGUCGACUGCCCGAACGGCGACGAUGAGAAGGACUGCGACUCGAUGCUCAAUCAGUUCGCGGCGAUUCCCAAUCACAUUCUGGCGGUGCGCGAGAAGGAGAAGUUCUACAACGUUAGCAUGUUGAACUGCGCGCGCAGCUGUCUCGACAGCAAGGGGUUCCAGUGCAGGUCCUUCUCCUACAGGAGAGACGACGGGUGUUGUUUUCUGAGCGACGGCAACGUCGGUACGACCGGCGCCCUCAUUCUUUCCUACGCGUACGACUACUUCGAGAUGAACGCGCUCUCGAUGAACUGCAGUAACCUCCACGUGUGCCCGAACAAGAAGUGCAUCGCGAACAAGCAGAUUUGCGACGGUGUCAACGACUGCGGGGAUCGUACCGACGAGAAGGGUUGCAGCGCCAAGGCGUUCGGUUACGAAGUCAGGCUCGCCAACGGAAAGACGAAAGACGAAGGAAGAUUGGAAAUUAAAGGUAGGUAUUGGACGGAGUGUAAGCGGAAAAUUAAAAUACACACUUGCUUUUUGAGCAAAUGCCCUAAAAAAACUGGUUGCCGUUACAGUACCCCCUUCAAAUCGUAAAAUUAGAACGCGUGCACUGUUUCCGAGGUAGCUUAUUGUUUCGUUGUUCCAGACAAAAAAUGCAGGUAAGCAAAAGAUGUUGGCCUACUGUUGGUUUAAAGGGGACGUCGGUCGCAGAAAUUCCGUUGGUCCCGUUUUGCUUUAAUAUAAAUAGCAAAGUGCAAACAAGAAAGAUUACGAGUAGCAACU